AAGAUUUUGUACUGCACGCACUCCGUUGUUUUGUUACAUGCCGCUGUACCGCCUUCGGCUUCAAUUUGUAGAUUCGUGGACGUGUUGUGCAGACUGGAGUCAUUUUGGACAGACUUGGCAAGAGCACGCCCAUAGUCGUCAACACCCACGUUGCUCCAGGAUACCCAAGAUGGAUGAUGCAGGAGAUGUAGUGUUUCAACGAAAUGAAAUCAAUGGCAACUAUGCCAUUCCUCACCAUCCUUGCCACUCCUACGGUGAAGAUGAAGUAGAUUCCUCCAGGGUUCUGCUACCUAGAUGUGAGGAUGAAGCCGAUGGCGCUUCCUUGAAGACUUUAUCUUGCCCCAUCAUGUCCAACCAUGACAGGCAAGGGAAGACCAGAAAUGAUGAUGAUGAUGGCUACUGUUCUCAGGAUCAGAUGCAUGCUUUGAUAACUGACUCUGAGAAGCAUAGGUUUGCCACUGUUCCUGGAGACGAAGAAUCUGCCUUGAACAACAAUAUCUUCUCCUCUUUGGACCCGAGCCUUCCAGGAGAUACCACUGGGAAAGUACUAGGUGUAAGCAUGCCUCCAAAUUACAUUGUCAGAUCAAACGAAAGGAGGACUUCUUUUAGUCCAAAUGAAAAUGUAAAUGGCCAGCAGCGGCUCGACAAUGCAAGAAGUCAUGUUGGUGUUCAGGUUAGAGCAGUGGGAUCAAGACUUUCCUUGGAGGACUGCAAACCUGAAAACACAAAUCCUUCUUACUUGCCUUAUUCAGAUUCGGUAGUAAGUGAUAGCUUGGUUGAACGUUGUAGGAAGGAUACCUCCCCAGGAAGUGGGUAUGAUAAGACAUCAAGAGGCUUAAAAAGGAAGUGCGAUAAUGAAGCCGUGGAACCUUCAGAUGAGGCGGGUGUUUCCUUAUCUCCUCGAAAACGGAAAGAAAGAGAUGAAGACGAUGGUGGUGGGAAUAUGACGUCUACUUCGUCAGCUGAACCAGAUACCAAGAAGAUGAGAACAGCAUCAGUUGUGCCAAGACAAUAUCCACCAGCUCCUCAGAUGAGGCAAGAGCCCAGAUUAAAGAACUCCUACGACAUCCAAGGCCAGGCCAACUGGGUGGUGGAGCAACCUCAACACUGCACCUUUCAUAUAUACCAACAUCAAGGCUCAUCAUCAGGGGGCCCUACUCAACAGCAUCCAGUGGAGUGGGCAGGGAUGAACAUUCAUCAAGUGCAAGAUGAGGAUCUCAAAGCGGCAUUUGAAGCAUCCUCGAAGGCUAUUUCGGUGGCUUUCAACUGGAAGAGAUUUGCCAGGAUACUCCCCGUCUCCAGGAGCCCCUCCCUGGAGAAGGAACUGAGCUCCCUUGAAUCGUGUGCUGGAUCCAAUCAGGACAAGGCCAUGGCCGUGCUCCUUCGUUGGUGGAGGGAAGAGAACGGAUGCCGGUGCGAUGAUGAGGUGAAGGCCAGGCUGAGGGAAGGACUGGAGGAUUGCGGUUUGAAACGAGUGGUCAAGGAUCUAGAUCGCAUCUUCAAGAAAGGUGGACAGUAAAGUGUGAUAGGGUUACUGGCCACUGAACGUCCGUCCUUCCUCGCUUCGAUGGUGGAGGGAAGAGAAAGGAUGUCGGUGCGAUGACAAGGUGAAGGCCAGGCUGAGGGAAGGACUGGAGGACUGCGAUUUGAAACGAGAGGUCAAGGAUCUAGAUCGCAUCUUCAAGAAAGGUGGACAGUAACAUAGGGUUGCUGGCCACUGAACUUCUGUCCUUCCAUGGUCUCUUCCUCUAAGCUAUAACUUCAAGGUGCAAUUUAGUCCCAAUCAUGCGAUCUUCAUGUUGGAAAUGUUUCGAAACAAUAGAAAAGUUGGAUUUAUUUGAACAUAAAUUCAAUUGUCUUGUAUGAGAGUUUGAGGCUUAUUUAGAAGGUCAGUACUCAUGCAGUCUCCUGAAAAAGGGUAAUUGCAUUUAGUUUACAGAAAUCGGUGUGCAGGGCCACACAUGAAGCUGGUAGACAUGUGCAACCCAAAUUUCAAGUCAUCAUUCUAAAUGUGAGGGCAUUCGAGGAUGCCCUCAUCUACUUUGCAGAAGAUCCUUCAAUUCUUUUUGAAAUGACAUGAAAAGACUGUAAAAACUCAGAACACAUUUCUCAGAAAUGAUUUGUGAUUUGGUUCAUCAAUUUUUGUUCAUGACCUACAUGCACCUCUUUAAAGAGUGAGCCUAUUUUGAAAUAUUUAAUGUCUUCCAAAUAGCAAUUGAUUUACCAGGAUGAUUGACUAAAAUAAUUAGAAAUAUAACAACGCCCAAUAAAUCCAUGUCAAAAUGUUAAGAAUUUGUCGUAUCGUGCCAUAAAUGGUUUUCAUCAAGGGCUAAUUUGCUAAAGUAUUUUUUUAUUCUUGCAUAAAAUCAUAACAAUUUGUGAGAAUUCAUAUUGAUAUGAAGCAAAAUGAAAUACUGGAAAGACAAGCAAUUUUUUUUUGUCCAUUCAAAUUCUCCUGAAAAGGUUAGCUCCUUCUAGUUAGUGCAAAUUGAAACAACAAUCUGCCCAGAGUUUGACAACAUCAUGCAUUUUAACUCAUGAUGCACUGGCGGACCUGGGGGGGGGGGCAAAGCCAGCCCUGCCCCCUUUUGAGAGGCACAAAAAUUUGAAAUGUGAAAAUGCUGUUAAAACAGAAGUGUGCCCUCCCCCCUUUCGAAAGUGAACAAUAUGCCCUUAAUUUCUUGUUAAAAACUUUUUUUUGGGGGGGGCUUGUCAAAUUUUUUCCUUGUGAAAAUGUGCCCCCCCCCCCUUCCUCGAUCUGCCCCUGUCAUGAUGUAAUAAUAAAAUUACGUGAUCAAUCAUAUGACAGGAAGUAUGCCAUUCUAAAAUCAUUAUGAUGUUAUUAAUUGGUCUGCACAAUGUUGUACUAUAUUUUAGACUCGAAAGCAUAUUAUGCACAUCUAUUAGCAUAAAAGAUAAGAUUUGACCAAUCAUAACUGAACACUGAAGUAUGUUGCUGAGUUUUGUCGCAUGAUAUCUGUAAAAGGCUUUAAAAGCCUAAUAUUUAAAGAAAAAAACUUUUUAUGUUAAAAGAAAGGCUGCUAGUGACUAGUAGAAUUUGAUGUUUUCAUAGAAUACUUUGAAAAAUGAAUGACAGGAACACUUAUUUUUAAUAGGAUUGAAUAUUAAAAUUAACGGCUUAUCAAAGUUUGUCUUAUUCGUGAUUGACAACUGCUGUAUUUAUGUGCAUAGCAUAUUUUAACUUUGUAAAUAUUUGACAAUACUUUUACUGUGUACAUUUUGAUUGAAAGUAGAAUAAUGAAUGCCAAAGUGAGAAUUGUUUGAAAUGUACUUUUUCCAUUAAAAUCAUGAUAAUGUACUAGCUUUAAUAGUUCAGCACUGUACUUUAAGUGCAUUGCAAUUAAUUUUACUCAUUUUAAGUAUUGUUUAUUUCAUUAACGAGUACUGUUUACCUCAUAUGCAAACAUUUUUGGGUGAUAGAAGAUUUUGUGCUGGACAUUUGGUGUUGAAUUUUUAUAUCUCUCCUUCUUCAAACUAGUUUAAAGAACAGGGGUUUAUAUCUCUGCUCACAACGAGAAUCAAAGGAAAAUAUUUUUUCCAAUAAUUAUUAUGAUGUAGCAAUUGAUGACAACAUUACAAGUAACAAGGGGUUAGGGAACAGAAUAUAGAAUUCUUCACCUUUGACUCUCCCUCAACAGUUCAUGCUUAUUUGUAAUUCCCUUUCUGAAAUAUGUGAUUUUCGUCAUUCAUAAUAAGAGUAUGAAAUAUUUCUAAAUCUAGGUCAUCUGCUUUGUGGAUGUAUCAACAUCGUUUCCCCCUAAGAUUUGAAAUAAUCUUUAUCAUUUACAUUAUUAUGGAAUACCUGCAAUUUUGUAUAUUGCUGCUACCUGUUUAUACUGUUUUUUUUAUCAUUUGCCCGCAAGUAAUAAUGGUAUUACUGUAUUUUGUAAUAUGUUUUUUUAACCCUUUUAUACCCAUUAGACAGACUGCUGUAGCUAAUUUAUGUAAACUUACAGUGGAACAUUUUUUUUUACAUUGGAAAGCCUUUUGUAUUCAGCCGUUUUUAUCCUCCUUUUAUAAUGGAACAAAAACAUCAUUUUUAUUUUGCCAAGCAUUUUCAGCUGAUCAUCAACAGUUUGUCAUCAUUCUUUUACACUGCCAUGUUACGUUGAUAGUAUUAUUUCCGUAUUAUUUUGUAGCACUAGUUUUGUAUUUCUUUUUUAUCACAUUCAUGUAGUAUUCAUUUGCUUACACAAUCAUUGUUGCACCUUGUUA